UUUUCCCAGAGUACGCCGCGCGCGACGACCGUUGGGCGAUGCAGUGUGGAUGGAGCAGAUCCAAAAUAGCGGCUGGGCAUGGGCCUGCGCGCGACCCGUAGGGCCGGCCUAUAAAAAGGCUCAGGUGGGGCGGGGUGGAGACCCUUUCAUAUCAACGUGGUCCCAGAUUCGAGCUCGACGCCUCAUUGCUUUUGCGCUUUAGCACCAUCAUUUAUGUGCUUCCUCGUCUGUAAAUUGGGGAUGGUGAGCACUGAGUGAGACGAGGCCUGGCCCAUAGUGAGUCCGCAGAGGGGCGUGGCCCACCCUUCACGCAAGGGUCUCAAACUCGGGGGCCGGCGGGUAAACAGAGUGAUCGGAGCGGUCCAGGGUGAGGAACACCACAGCCCAGGUGCUCAGAGUCCGCAGAGAAGCGAGGCGCGGAGAGUGUGGGCCUGGGAGCCACGUGGCCUCGCCCCGCCCUUUACUCGCAGUCACCCUGCCGGCCUCGAUGUUCUCAUCUGUAAAAUGGGGGUGAUGCUAGACCCACCUCAUCGGGCUGCUGUGAAGACUAAAUGAGAGGAUGCUGGUUCAGUGCUUGGCACGUCGCGGGCGCUCAGUGAAUAUCAUGUGUUAGGGUCCAGGUUCGUCGCCCCCCAGUUAACCUCUCCCGCAGGUGCUUAGAUGGUUCGGAGGCGACCUCCCUCGGGGAAGCGGACAGACAGGCAAAGAAGUCUGGAGGAAUGGGCUCUACCUGGUGAUUCCAUGUAAACGCAAGAAGAAAUAUUUAGACGGAAAUGUUGAGUCUUUAAAGAUAGGCCGGGGAGGAGCUGGCAGCUGGUGACAGUGACUCUUCAAACACAGCUGGUGGCUGUCAGCUCUUUCCCGCGGCCCGAGAACUUGGGCAAACAGCACCACUUCGUAAUGUCAGCGUUUGUGUGAGGUCGUGCCCGUACUGCCUUUCUCUCCAGGUGUUUCUCCUCCGACGUUUUGAAGUAGCCGAGGAGAAAGGGUGAUUCUUUUUUUUUUUAAUGAGGUGAAAGUCACGUGGCGUGAAAUUAACCACGGUUAAGUGGACAACUCGGCGCGUUUAGUACAUUCACGAGGGUGUGCAACCACCACUUCCAAAACAUUUUCAUCCCGCCCCAAAGGAAACCCUGCGCCCGUUAAGCAGUGAUUCCUCAGUCCCGCUCACCCCAGAUUCUGGCCACCGCCAGUCUGCCUCUGUGGAUUAGUAAAUCCGAGCCGUGGCCACCAAGCCGCAGAGAGGCGCCAGGAUCUGUCGUGCGGCCGUGGAAGGGGUGGGGACAGCAGAGUGUCCCUGUCGAUGCCCAAGUGUGUGUGUGCAACUUCCUGCCAGUGAGGAAACCCUUGAAUCCGCCCCAGUUCUGCUUUCGCUGCUCUGGCCCAGGAGGAGCUGGCCUCAGCCAGGUCGCCUGGCCACACUCUGGAGGAGAGAUGCCCUGGACCGUCCUGCUCUUUGCAGCCGGCUCCUUGGCGAUCCCAGCGCCGACCAUUCUGCUGGUGUCCCCACAUCCCAGCAGCCAAGAGGACCCCAUCUACAUCGAGUGCAAGGCCCCCGAGGGCUACCCAGGGGCCAAUUUCACGUUGUAUCAAGGGGAGCAUGUGGUCCAGCUCCUGCAGGCCCCCGCGGACCAGUUCAAGGUCACCUUCAACCUGAGUGGCGGCAGCAGGGACCCUUCUGGGGGACCCUUCAACUGCCAGUAUGGCGUGCUCGGCGAACACAUGCGGCCCCAGCUGUCGGAGCACAGCGACACCGUGGACAUCCCCCCAGGGUCCACUAGGAUCCUGGUGCUCUCCUUGAGCCUGGCUGGAGCCCUCCUCCUCCUCGCUGGGCUGGUGACCCUGGCCGUGGUGGUCCGGAAAGUUAAAGUCAAAAAAUUGCAGAAGAAAAGAGAGCGAGAGUCCUGCUGGGCCCAGAUGAACUUCGACACCACAGACAUGUCCUUUGAUAACUCCCUGUUUGCCAUCUCGUCGAAAAUGACUUCAGAAGAAGAUGCAGCCACCGUGGAUGCUCGCCCAGGCUCUGCUGUGACGCCUGGCCACUCUGAGUCCCGGAACAGGCCCUCUUCCACGUCAUCCUCGCCGGAGCCCCGAGAAUUCAGCACCUUCCGGGGCUGCCAGUGAGGCCGAGGAUCGGGGCUCCGUCUCUUUACAUCUGUGCGCCCCCCGUUCAGCCAUCUCCCUUCAGCUGGCCGGUGCGCCGCACCCGAGGUCCCUCCACCUACUUUGGGGGGCUCCGUCUGCCUCUUUCUCAGGGAAUUGAACAGAGGAGAUGAAGGGGACCCCUGGCCUUGGGACCUACCUCACAGAGGAGCAGGAGUGGGAGCCGGGGCGCCGGCAUUGGCCUGGAGGCUGGACAGAAAGCAGGAAAUCUUUUUGGAUUCCCCAUUUCUCAGACGACGAGGGAAGGACACAUAUCCAUCCCCUCCACCGCCCCCCACCUCCAUCCCGCCCCCCCCCACUCCCUCCACCCUGCCACCCCACCCCGCCCCCACAUCUGACUUGGCCAACCCGACUGGGUUUUUGGAGCAUGGGGUACCUGGGGGUGUGUCCUGUGUGUCUGCCCUGCUGGUCUGCCUAAGUUAUUAACUAAAACACGUGUUGAGCUGUUCCCAAGGCCUCUGUGGACUGUAAUCCUUCAAGCCCGGGACCUCGGGGGCCAAUCGCUGGAUGCCUGGGGGCGAGGGGAGCACCCCUCCAUUGCCCGCAGCCAGGGUGGUGUAUGGGGAGGGCCGUCGGGGUGUGGGGAGGGGGGCAGCGCCACCCGGACUCUGCUAAAGUCCCUGCAUUGGUGGGUACAGGAGGUGGAAAGAUGAGGAUGGGGGCGCAGAGGGACCCGGGGAGGAGUAGAAAAUGAGGAGGUCCAGGGGAGGGCAGGAGGUGGGCAAGACGGAAAGUGGCCGCAAGCCUCUUUGCGUCCCCGCAAAGGGAAUGGGGCCUGGAGCAGUGGAGGGGGACUUGGAGGGAAGAUGUGUGUGUGUCUGGAUGCAAAGGGGGACUCGGCCUUGCUGCUGGGUUCACUGGCCAGCCAUCUUCGGGGGAAGGGAGAGUGACUGGGGGAGGGAAGGGGCUAAGCCAGGGGACCAGAGGGAGGGGCCCAAGAAUGUUCCGUGGGGGAGACAGUGAAGGCCGAGGGUGCAGGAGGAGGGCACUGCGGGAAGGGGACAGAGAUGACGCCGAAGAGAGAAGGCGCGGUCAGCGCGGGGGAGGGGGCUUUCCGAGGGGGCUCACGCCCCGCAAGAGGCGGAGACCCACCGCAAACUGCGCUCCCAGCCCUGCGGCCUGGGGGCGUGGCCACCGACUGGGGGCGUGUCCCUAGCUCCUGGCCCCGCCCCUCUCUCCGGCCCUCCCGGAGAGUGAGGUGCCUCACAAAGCGAGGCCCAAUGGGAGGGAGCAGGACCGGAAUGGGGGCGGGGCCUCGCCGCGGCUGGGCCCCGCCCCUCCGCGUGCCGCCUCACAAAGCCGGGCGGGGCCAGGGGGCGGAGCCCGGCCUCGGGGGCGUGUCGGAGCCGGCGCGCUUCAGCGGUUCCCGGGCCCGGGAGCCACCUCACGAAGCGCGUCCGUUGGCGCGGGGCGGGGUCCAGGGCGUGUCUUCGCGGCCUAGCUCCGCCCCCUGACGCGGGCUCUCGCCCCGCGGUCUCCGAACCCCGCAGCCGCACCACCUUACGAAGCGCAGCGGUUCGAGCCGAGCGGGCCUGGGGGCGGGGCCCGGGCCGAGGGGCGUGUCCGCGCGGCGGAGCUCCGCCCCCUGACGUACGCUUCCGCCCUCGCUCUUCCCGGGCGGC